CUCAAAAUUGCUGAAAUUCUUGAAAACCCAUUUGAAUUAACAACAAGAAUAUGGGUAUACAAGGCCUUUUACCCCUUUUGAAAUCGAUAAUGUUACCUAUAAACAUCAAAGACUUGAAUGGCUGCAGUGUAGCUGUUGAUACCUAUUCUUGGCUGCACAAGGGUGCACUUUCUUGCAGCAAAGAGCUCUGUAAAGGCAUUCCUACUACCAAGCAUAUUGAUUAUUGCAUGCACAGAGUGAAUUUAUUGCGCCAUCAUGGUGUCAAACCUAUUCUUGUGUUUGAUGGAGGUCCCUUACCAAUGAAGAUUGAACAGGAGAACAAGCGUGGAAGGUCUAGGAAGGAAAACCUUUCUCGUGCAAUAGAGCAUGAAACUAAUGGAAACAUGACUGCUGCUUAUGAGUGCUAUCAGAAGGCUGUUGAUAUAUCACCUUCAAUGGCUCACGAUCUAAUACAGGUCCUAAAGCGGGAAAAUGUAUGUUACGUAGUGGCUCCUUAUGAAGCAGAUGCCCAAAUGACCUUUUUGGCCAUCAGCAAACAGGUUGAUGCUGUUAUAACCGAGGACUCAGAUUUAAUAGCAUUUGGUUGUCCUAGGAUCAUUUACAAAAUGGAUAAGUUUGGGCAAGGUCUUGAGUUUCGGUAUUCCAAGUUGGAACAAAAUAGGGAACUGAGUUUAACAGGUUUCACAAAGCAGAUGCUUCUUGAGAUGUGCAUCUUGAGUGGUUGUGACUAUUUGCAGUCCUUGCCUGGAAUGGGGCUCAAAAAAGCUCAUGCACUUGUAAAAAAGUUCAAGAGUUAUGACAAAGUCAUUAAGCACUUGAGGUACAAUACUGCUGCAGUUUCUCCUAUGUAUGAAGAAUCUUUCAGAAAAGCAAUUAUGACCUUCCAGCAUCAACGAGUUUAUGAUCUCAUGACUGAAGAUCUAGUUCAUUUGUCCGAGCUCUCUGAUUGUGGUAGUCAAGAUUUAGAUUUCCUAGGCCCGCUGAUACCUACAGAAAUAGCUCAAGGAAUAGCAAAAGGUGACAUUGAUCCUUUCACUAUGAUGCCAUUUCAGAAAGAAUGCAACACUGCUGAACUGGUGGAUAGCAGAACUUAUGAACUGAAUGACUUCAAAGUGGAAGGGAGGAAGCUUGAUUUGCCUGCACAGAAAAAUCUGCUAACCAACUAUUUCUGCACUGCUUCUCUUGAAGCAAAACAGAAAUUUAGGGCCCCAAGAACUAGCCCUAUUCUUCCGAAUUCAAAGGUUGGAGUUUCAAGCCCUUGGGCAGACAGUAGAAAGGGUGCCGAUUCUUAUAAAUUCGAGAGCUUGUCAAUGUCCUCGCCUGAUCCUCUGGUGGAUGAUGACAUUCACUUGAAAGCUUCCAUGUGUUUGGAGUCAAAAAGUCAAGGAAUUCUGGUAGAGGAAGAAACUGAAAAUGGCCUAGGACUACAAUCUGUUCCACUACAGCAUUCAAUAUGUAAACCCUGCAUCACAUUGCAUAAGGAGCAUGCUCUGGAUUUAAGUGAGAACAAGAUACGAGCAACAAAAAAAAAAGUGAUAGUGAGGAGCAGCUAUUUUCUGAAGAAUAACAAGAAGGAAGAUAUUCAGGAUGAUAAGAGUGAGAUAAAUGUGGUUGCCAAUGAUAAAUCUCACAGCAGCAUUCGGGAGAAUGAUUAUGAUUCUAUAUCAGAUGGAAUGAAUGGAGCAGUCGUAGCAGCAGUUAAAAAUGCCAUUUCACAAAGUUCUUACUUUCAGUCCAAGCCAUCUGCCCGAAAUGUUCCUGCAGGUGAUACUGAACAGAAAGAGAACAAAAGAGCAAUGGUAAGGAGUUCUUAUUUUCAGAAGAACUUGGCAAAUGAAAAUUCUCAGGGCAACUUGGAUGUUGCUGCUGAAAUGGAACAUACAAAUCCCAAGUCUUCUUCAGGAGAUGACUGCUCUGAAAGGAGAUUAAAGAAAAGGAAGGUUACCUUCAUUGACACUGUUCAAACUGAUUAUGCAAGUGGUGAAUGUUUAGAGGCUGACACAUCUGGCAGUCAAGGUGACUUCAACUUCGACCUAGAUGAUUCAACUAAGGAGACAAAGGACGGACAGGGGAAGUUCGGUUCCAACAUCUCUCAUUUGGGACAUUAUUCUCAAAUAUCAGAGAAAUCAAUGGACAAUUUUGUUUCAGUCCUAUCAUCAUUUAGAUACACCUCAAAUGGUUCUCGAGCCAGUGGGCUUCGAGCCCCUCUAAAAGAUAUUAAGAAUACCAGCACUAAUAGGUCCGCUAGUAACAUGGAUCUAAGCAAGUUUGUGUACAAGCCAACAAAGCAAAAACAAUUAUCAGCACGUCGUAAGGUCUAAACCUUGUAACUACACUGCCUG